AAUUUUAGUCUGCUUUCGAUCUGAAAACCCUGAAAUAAGAAGAAUCAUUGAAGAAAAAAAAUUCAAAGUUCUGAUGGCAUGCAGUUCGUCAAAUUGCAAGUCAAACAAUUGUCACAAAAAUGAAGACGACGACGAACAACAGCCACAAAACACGCCGUCGCCACUAACAACUUCUAGUAGUAAUGGACAGCAAAAUUUGUGCUUAAAGUGCAAGAUUAACCAUCCCAUUUCUUCUACUUCUACUACUACUAGUAGUAUUGGUAGCAAUAGCGAUGAAACGCGUUUCUGCGGAGAUUGUUUUAGAAGUAACAUAUACGGAAAAUUCAGACUCGCCGUUACUUCUCAUGCCAUGAUUACUCCUUCCGAUAACGUCCUUGUCGCUUUCUCGGGCGGCCCGUCCUCCAGGGUGGCUCUACAGUUUGUACACGACAUGCAGCUUAGAGCGCAGAAGAAUUUUGAUGCCAGUAAAGAUAAGUCUUUGCCGGUGUUUGGCGUUGGAGUGGCGUUUAUUGACGAGAGUGCUGUUAAUAAACUUCCUUCUGAUGAAGUUAAUGCAGCCAUUCGAGAGAUGAAUUUGGUUUUGUCGAACUUAGCGCCGCCUAUGAAGCAGCUGCAUGUUGUUCCAAUUGAAAAUGUGUAUUCUCGAGAUUUGGUUGAUGGGAAGGAGAAGUUGACGAAGGUGUUAAAUGAUGUUAAUGAUGUUACUGGGAAGGAAGAUCUUUUGCUACAUUUGCGUAUGUUGGCCUUGCAAAAGGCUGCCUCUGAAAAUGGCUAUAAUAGGCUUGUCUUAGGGUCAUGCACAUCGAGGAUUGCUUGCCAUGUCCUUGCUGCGACAGUGAAGGGCAAAGGAUAUUCUUUAUCAGCAGAUAUACAGUAUGUUGAUGCCAGAUGGGAGGUUCCCGUUGUGCUUCCACUUCGUGACUGCACUGUGCAGGAGCUGAACCUAAUUUGCCGUAUUGAUGGUCUGAAGACCAUGGAGCUACUUACUGGUUAUCCAACUGGCAUCAAUGGAUUGAUUUCUUCCUUUGUAACUCUUUUGCAGGAAGAAAAUCCUUCUCGAGAAAGCACAAUUGUUCGAACAGCUGGAAAGCUUACUCCAUUCCAGUUCAAUAGGAUCCCCGAAAUCAAUGAUUGUAAUGUUCCUUUGGCUACUCGAAGGCGUCAGAAGAGAUUCAAUCUCAAGCCUGUGGAAUCUAUGUCUUCUGAGUUAUUCUGUCCUAUAUGCAACAGCCCUUUGAGCGAUUCUGAAUUGUUAGAUAUCAGCAGUUGUAGAAGUAGCCAAAGCUCAAAUUUCCAUGCUGCCUGUUGUUCGAGUUGCAAGUUUCAGAUACUUCCCAAGGACCCAUCAUCAUUGGAACAUUUUUAUUGGUCUUUACCCCAGCAGCUAGUGGCGCGAUCAAAGCAUGAAAGCGGUGACAAUUUGAAUUUGCUAAGGGAACAAAUUCAAGAUUGCCUGCUUUCGGAUGGCGAAGAUUAACUGAUAUCACAUCCCAGAUUUCAUGAUUUUUUUUGCUCCUUAUAUCACGAGUCAUAUUCACUUUUCCAAGCUAACUGCUUGGACUUCCUAAAAUCAUUGCUUGUGCGAAAGACCCCUCUUACGGUGCUUUUUUAUUUAUGUCCACUAUUUGCUUAUUGAUGUGAUAAGUUGGUUCUACACACAAUUCAGUCAAGGCUGAAAUAAAAUCAGGCAUUACAUAUUUUUCCCAUAUAAAAACUUAUAUAAAAGCUGUAUUAUUAGGUUGACCAACUUUUUUAGUUUUGGUCAAAUUGAUUUUCUUUCUA